AUAAAGCUAAACGAAUAAAUAGCUAGAGGUUCUCCCCAAUGUCACCGUGAUUGCAGCAGCAACAGUCUUUGAUAUUUGGGGAAUAUAGUGAUCCAUAAGUAUUUAUCAUUGGCGAACAACACAAAACGAACGAUGACAGCUAUUCGAGUGGUUAUGAAAGGACAUGUCCAAGCAAGUCAGUGCUUAAAGUUGAAAAGUCUUGGGACUCACAGUUUUCUCGGCACCAAUGGCACCGUUCCAAAACAACAACUUCUUUCAGGAACUGCGAUGUUUACUCGUCGCCUGGCAACAGACAAAGAUGUUCAGGACAAUAUCAAGAAUUUCAAGGAAGGAAAAUUUGACAACAUGCCAGAUCCCUCUCAUCUUGAACACUUUAGGUCUGGGAAAAGUGACCCUCUCUCUAUGAAAGAGAAACCUCCCAUUGGAACGUACACCAUGCCCCAUCCCAUAUGGAAUGAAGGUCAACUGCAUCAAGUCAAAAUAACUCACAAGGAGCCUGAAGGAAAGGUAGAGAAGAUGGCCUUCAUGACUGUCAAGGUAUUCAGAAAGGGGUUUGACAUCUUCUCAGGGUUUAUAUUUGGACAGCGGAAUGAAAAAAAAUGGCUUACAAGAAUCUGUUUCCUGGAGACUGUCGCUGGUGUUCCUGGGAUGGUGGCGGCAAUGGCGCGGCACAUGAAGUCACUGAGGAUGAUGCAGAGGGAUUAUGGAUGGAUUCACACUCUGUUAGAGGAGGCAGAAAAUGAACGGAUGCAUCUCCUCACAGCACUGCAGCUGAAACAACCAUCUGUUUUUUUCCGACUUGCUGUCAUUGGUUCACAGGGGGUGUUUGUGACCAUGUUUGGCCUGACAUACUUCAUCAGCCCUCGGUUCUGUCAUCGCUUUGUUGGGUACCUGGAAGAGGAGGCUGUUAAAACAUACACCAAAUGUCUAGAAGACAUAGAGAAUGGUCCAAUGUCUCACUGGAAGACCCAGGCAGCGCCAGAUGUGGCUGUGCGGUACUGGAAACUAGGGGCUGAUGCUACCAUGAAGGAUGUGAUUCUAGCCAUACGGGCAGACGAAGCUCACCACCGACUGGUCAACCACACUCUGGCCUCCAUGAAGAGCACGGACCAUAACCCGUAUAAGCCUGGGCAGUAGGGAACAUGUUGAGAACACAUAUAUACAUUUCAAAACUCAUUGGAAGCUAAUACAAACAUGGACAGUCAAGGAUGUGUUAGGGGACCACACACCUGGACAGUCAAGGAUGUGUUAGGGGACCACACGCCUGGACAGUCAAAGAUGUGUUAGGGGACCACACACCUGGACAGUCAAGGAUGUGUUAGGGGACCACACACCUGGACAGUCAAGGAUGUGUUAGAAGGCCACCCACCUGGACAGUUAAGUCAAAGAUGUGUUAGGGGACCACACACCUGGACAGUCAAGGAUGUGUUAGAAGGCCACCCACCUGGACAGUCAAGGAUGUGUUGGGAGACCACACACCUGGACAGUCAAGGAUGUGUUAGGGGACCACACACCUGGACAGUCAAGGAUGUGUUAGAAGGCCACCCACCUGGACAGUCAAGGAUGUGUUGGGAGACCACCCACCUGGACAGUCAAGGAUGUGUUAGGGGACCACACACCUGGACAGUCAAGGAUGUGUUGGGAGACCACACACCUGGACAGUCAAGGAUGUGUUAGGGGACCACCACACACCUGGACAGUCAAGGAUGUGUUGGGAGACCACCCACCUGGACAGUCAAGGAUGUGUUGGGAGACCACCCACCUGGACAGUCAAGGAUGUGUUAGAAGGCCACCCACCUGGACAGUCAAGGAUGUGUUAGAAGGCCACCCACCUGGACAGUCAAGGAUGUGUUAGAAGGCCACCCACCUGGAUGGUCAAGGAUGUGUUAGAAGGCCACCCACCUGGAUGGUCAAGGAUGUGUUAGAAGGCCACCCACCUGGACAGUCAAGGAUGUGUUAGAAGGCCACCCACCUGGAUGGUCAAGGAUGUGUUAGAAGGCCACCCACCUGGAUGGUCAAAGAUGUGUUAGAAGGCCACCCACCUGGACAGUCAAGGAUGUGUUAGAAGGCCACCCACCUGGAUGGUCAAGGAUGUGUUAGAAGGCCACCCACCUGGAUGGUCAAGGAUGUGUUAGAAGGCCACCCACCUGGAUGGUCAAGGAUGUGUUAGAAGGCCACCCACCUGGAUGGUCAAGGAUGUGUUAGAAGGCCACCCACCUGGACAGUCAAGGAUGUGUUAGAAGACCACCCACCUGGACAGUCAAGGAUGUGUUAGAAGACCACCCACCUGGACAGUCAAGGAUGUGUUAGAAGGCCACCCACCUGGACAGUCAAGGAUGUGUUAGAAGACCACCCACCUGGACAGUCAAGGAUGUGUUAGAAGGCCACCCACCUGGACAUCAAUGAUGUGUCAGGAGACCACCCACCUGGAUAGUCAAUGACGUGUUGGCCAACCCCCACACCUGGACAAUUUGAAAUGUAUGAAAACAUAUCAGGAAGAAAAAGUCCCACCACAUUUGAUCAAGUUUAUGCUUUUAUGCAUUUUUUUCUUCUCGUCUCUAACUACGUAAACUUGGAUAUGUUUUCAACAGUCCAAUGUACUCAUUCAUGUAUAUAUUUGUAGCUGUGACUGUUGUCAUUUCUUUCUACAUAUUUACAAAUACUGUUGUUUGUGCUGUCGUCAUCAGUACUUGAUGGACUUGUUUAUACGACGUUCCUCCAUCACCUGUGAACAUACGGGGGCAGCCCGUUCAUCAGUGGUUAUUAUAUACAUGCCCUUUGGCCUUUGACCUGUAAUAGAAGUAGAGCUGCACAUGUUGUCAAGGGAGAAAUGUUGCAAUUUGUGCCAUUGUCAGGUCACAGGCUGGAAACGUGGUUAAAAAUAGCAAUUACACAACAAGCCUUCAUAUGGACUCGUGAGUAAUGGAGGAAUAUAGCUGUGAAGUGUUGAUGAUGAUAAAAUAUAAUCUGUUUUAUUAAAAGGAACAAAUCUCAUUGUAUGAUUCUUUUUCUCUUGUUAAGUUUAAGCAUUGACAUGUUGUUUGCAAAUGGUUUUGUAUCCAGUUUUGUCAAAUGUUCCAGAGUUUAUUAGACAAGGUAUAGAUCUUGUAGUCAGGCUUCAUGACUGGGAUGAUCAGAUGUCAGACUAACUAAAUGGCUGGGGCCAUUGCUCAUAAUAUCAAUCACUGGUUCAGGCCUUAUUUCCCUCCAGCCACUAUCAUAUAGCCAACAUAUAGCGGAGCAUGACAUUUAACAAGAAACAAAGGCAUGUAUAGUAA